AUGACCAAAUCGUGUAGCAACAACAUCCCAUCAUUUUCAAAUACUACAACCACCAAUACAAUGAGUACUACCAGCAACGCGACUUCUAUUUCUUCAUCUGCUGAAGCUGGAAUUGAUCCUAAUGAUCGUUAUUUGUUACCUCUACAGUCGUCUGGUUUUUAUACAACAAAAACAGAUGGAAACAAGAUUAAUUGGGCAGACACUAUUGAUGAGGAAGAAAAUAAACAGCUAAAACAAAGUCAGCAUCAUUAUUCAUUACACCACACUAGAGAUUCUGAUACAAAAGACUUCUGGUCUAACAAGACUGAUGGUAGCAAGGAUGAAUUUAUUAAUUUUGAAAAUGUUAAUGAUGUUGUUGAUGACGAAUAUGAAGAUGAUUACAACUUAAAUUAUGCCAAUUACAAUAACAGAUAUUUGAAUAACAAUGAUAAUAAAAUAAAUAUAUUGAAUUUGACUGUCAGUAACAAUUUUAAACAGCACAGUGAAAACAACAAUGAUAAUAAAGUUGUCAAUAAAACAGAUAGUAAUGAUUACAAAAAACCAGCUUUGCUACAUGAUUCUAAUCGUUGUUCAUCAUCUUCACUAAUUCAACCUUUGAGAAAUGAUCAUGCCAGUAAUGUAAACAACAGUCGUCAUGCUGAUAAAUACAAACAAAUUUCUUCAAAUCAAGCAACAGAUGAUGGAAAAGUUGCAACUAACAAAUUGUCAUCCUCUGAAAAGAACUAUUUUUUGGAAAUUGGUUCAGAUCAUGCAAGACAAAGUAAUUUUCAGGUGCUUACUGCUGUUAACAAUCGUGGCAGCAAGUGUGAAGAUUAUGCAGAUCAUAAAAUUGAAAAUAAAAACUCAAAUGACCAGUUCAGAUCAUCAUCACUCCAAUCAUCAUUUGAUAAUGGUAAAAAGUUAGAACAAAUUAAAAGUGCAACAUUGUCAGCGUCAACCAAAUCUAUGAAGAAAAAUGAUAGAGAAAGUUUUCAACACGAGUCAGUCAUUUCCAGCAGUCAAAAUAGUCAGAAUAAUAGUGGUAAUGUUGGUUAUCAGACAAAUACCACUACUUCAACAGCUGCCAACACAAAGGUGUUCAAUAAAUCAAGCUCUUGUAGCAGUGGAAAUGUUAACAGUAGCUCCAUCAAACUAAUUAAUGAUGCCUCUAACAAUGGAGGUAAAAAUAUGGCUUCAGUGAACCAUUCUAAAAAAGCAUGGGGAGUUGACAUGAACACUGAAAAGGACUAUACAGUGAAAUGUAGUGCUGAAAAAAAAACUAGCGAUAACGAUAUUGAUAUUAGAAAUACUGCUGUUAAUUUUGUAAACUCCCAAUUAGCGAAUCCUAAAAAUAGUAAAAAAAUAGAAAUUAAAUUAGCUGAAACUGCUGACAGUGACAAAAAUUUGAAAGACCAUCAAAAUGUUUCUAAACUAAAACAACCUCCAGUUGCUAAUGCUUGGCAUAACAGACAAAAAGAAAUGAAGCUUGCCUCAAAUGACCAAACGGCUGCAUUGAAACAUCAACAAAAUCAGCAACCCUUGCUAAACAAAUGGAAAGAUGAAGAUUCAGUUGAUUUUUUGUUCGAGGGGGCAGUCAUUACAAAUUCAAAUCUUUAUAGCCAGUCGUCAGACAAAUUCAAAUCAACCAGAUCAUCUCAUGAGAAGCACCUGUCAACAACUACAUCAGUAGGAUUAACAACAAACAAUAUAGCAACAACAAGCAAACCUCCUGCUCUCAUGGAUCUCCACAUUGCAAGGCCUCCCACAUCACUCUUGAAAGAAAGCCUCCUACUUUCUCCUGAAGAUUUUAUUAAUGAUGAUGAUGAGGACAGCAAUGAAGUAAAUGGUGUGUGGAAGGAUGGAGGUGAAAGCUUUAGAAUGGCAACAAAACUUUUUCUGUUAGGCCAAAAAUCAAACCAGAGGCCAAAUUCUAUCGAAAACUUUAAAAGAUCAUGUUAUGAUUAUGAUGAGAAUGAUUAUGGAGCUAGGAAAAGCAAAGGAGGAAACCAUGGAGGGAGUGGUCGUUUUGGCGACUCAACAAGAAGUGGAUGGAAUGAUAGCAUUCCGGGAAAGAGAGGCAGAGGAAUUGCAAGGGGAUCCAAGGGUCGUAGUUAUGAUGAUUUGGUAAAACUGAUCAGUUCAAAUGAUGGAGAAGGGGCUGAAAGAAAGUCUCUCUCAAAAAAGUUUGAUCUUAAAUAA